UAUAGUUUAAUACGACUACUCUUUAAUACGAUGAUAUUUACAUAACAUACACAUUUGUUUUUCUUUGAGAAAUGCAUUUCCAGCCUCGCUGAUUGUGACGUGUUUAACGCUUGAGGUGUAUGCCGGGUCACUGUUGUGUUAACGUUGUCAAGUCAGUGUUGUUUAUGUUUUCGGCGACUUUGCGAGUUUUGAUUUUUUCGGAGACCAAAACCAGCGAUUCUUGGCGUUUUCUCUGUUGUUGUUAUUCUGUGAUGGAAGAGUCCGCGUUUGAGUGACCGAAAGUGACCGAAAACCGUUGACUCGACCUGAUCGUGCGAUAUCACCUCAGUUAGCGCCUAUUUCUACUCAGCGAUCGGUUCCAGACUCAACAUCCCAUCAUGGUUUGUUUCGAGACUGCCGAAGCAGAAAUGAUCGUCGAGGACGUUCAGCCCAUAACUUCUUGGGCCGAUUCCAUCGACGAUGAAGACGAAUACUUCUAUAAUGUGUCCCGUGCGCCCAUACCAUCGUGGGCCGUCAUGGAUGUGACCUUUGAGGCGGCUGAAGAUCCAGAGCCUUCACCUUCUGGCCCUGUGAGAGCAGAGAUUCCUGUUGUCCAGAAGAGGGUCAUUAGAGAUGGGUGGAGAAGUCGGGUGGUUUUGAAAAAGACAUCUGUGAUGCCUCCCGUGACGACAGAUUCAGCAGGUCACCCAUCUAAGCUGGAGAGACAAAAAGAGAAAUCUGAGUCCCUGGUACCUCCAGCACCAGCCUCUGUUCCAAAAACAGCUCCAAGAGAUGCAGUUGACACACCAAAGGUUUCCAAGAAACCAAGGAGGAGGAAAAGAAAAAUUGCAAAUGCUCCCUCACAAAGCGAGGAGAUCAAUGGACAAGAGACGUCCACAGAACCCAUCACGCCAGAUUCUCCACCUCAACAGGAGAGUUCUGCUCAGAGGCUGGAUGAACCAGAUCAAGUUAAAUCUGAGUCCUUGAUACCACCAGCUGAUGCUGCCGAUCCAAAAGCAGCUCCAAGAGAUGCAGUUGACACACCAAAGGUUUCCAAGAAACCAAGGAGGAGGAAAAGAAAAAUGGCAAAUGCUUCCUCACAAAAUCAGGGGAUUGGUGGACAAGAGACGUCCACAGCACCCUCCUUCACGCCACCUUCUCCACCUCAGAAGAAGAGUACUUCAAAGACACUGAAGUCCCGGGUACCUCCAGCACCGGCAGCUGCUCUAAAAACAGCAGCUGUUGUCCAGAAGAGGGUCAUUAGAGAUGGGUGGAAAAGUCGGGUGGUUUGGCAAAAGACAUCUGUGAUGCCUCCCGUGACGACAGAUUCAGCAGGUCACCCAUCUAAGCUGGAGAGACAAAAAGAGAAAUCUGAGUCCCUGGUACCUCCAGCACCAGCCUCUGUUCCAAAAACAGCUCCAAGAGAUGCAGUUGACACACCAAAGGUUUCCAGCGAACCAAGGAGGAGGAUAAGAAAAGUGUCAAAAGAUAUCACUCAUUGGAUGAAGAGAUGUGUCAUGUGCAUUGUUGGCUUCCUCACAAAAUCAGGGGAUUGGUGGACAAGAGACGUCCACAGCACCCUCCUUCACGCCACCUUCUCCACCUUAAAGAGUACUUCAAAGACACUGAAGUCCCGGGUACCUCCAGCACCGGCAGCUGCUCUAAAAACAGCUGUUAACAAGAAGAGGGUCAUUAGAGAUGGGUGGAGAAGUUGGGUGAUUUGGCAAAAGACAUCUGUGAUGCCUCCCGUGACGACAGAUUCAGCAGGUCACCCAUCUAAGCUGGAGAGACAAAAAGAGAAAUCUGAGUCCGUGGUACCUCCAGCACCAGCCUCUGUUCCAAGAGCAGCUCCCUCACAAAGCGAGGAGAUCAAUGGACAAGAGACGUCCACAGAACCCAUCAUGCCAGAUUCUCCACCUCAACAGGAGAGUUCUGCUCAGAGGCUGGAUGAACCAGAUCAAGUUAAAUCUGAGUCCUUGAUACCACCAGCUGAUGCUGCCGAUCCAAAAGCAGCUCCAAGAGAUGCAGUGGACACACCAAAGGUUUCAAAGAAACCAAGGAGGAGGAAAAGAAAAAUUGCAAAAGCUCCCUCACAAAGCGAGGAGAUCAAUGGACAAGAGACGUCCACAGAACCCAUCAUGCCAAAUUCUCCACCUCAACAGGAGAGUUCUGCUCAGAGGCUGGAUGAACCAGAUCCAGUUAAAUCUGAGUCCUUGAUACCACCAGCUGAUGCUGCCGUUCCAAAAGCAGCUCCAAGAGAUGCAGUGGACACACCAAAGGUUUCCAAGAAACCAAGGAGGAGGAAAAGAAAAAUUGCAAAUGCUUCCUCACAAAAUCAGGGGAUUGGUGGACAAGAUACGUCCAGGGGACCCUCCUUCACGCCACCUUCUCCACCUCAGAAGGAGAGUACAAAGACACUGAAGUCCCGGGUACCUCCAGCACCGGCAGCUGCUCUAAAAACAGCAGCUGUUGUCCAGAAGAGGGUCAUUAGAGAUGGGUGGAGAAGUCGGGUGGUUUGGCAAAAGACAUCUGUGAUGCCUCCCGUGACGACAGAUUCAGCAGGUCACCCAUCUAAGCUGGAGAGACAAAAAGAGAAAUCUGAGUCCCUGGUACCUCCAGCACCAGCCUCUGUUCCAAAAACAGCUCCAAGAGAUGCAGUGGACACACCAAAGGUUUCCAAGAAACCAAGGAGGAGGAAAAGAAAAGUGUCAAAAGCUCCAUCACAAAGCGAGGAGAUCAAUGGACAAGAGACGUCCACAGAACCCAUCAUGCCAGAUUCUCCACCUCAACAGGAGAGUUCUGCUCAGAGGCUGGAUGAACCAGAUCAAGUUAAAUCUGAGUCCUUGAUACCACCAGCUGAUGCUGCCGAUCCAAAAACAGCUCCAAGAGAUGCAGUGGACACACCAAAGGUUUCCAAGAAACCAAGGAGGAGGAAAAGAAAAAUGGCAAAUGCUCCCUCACAAAGCGAGGAGAUCAAUGGACAAGAGACGUCCACAGAACCCAUCACGCCAGAUUCUCCACCUCAACAGGAGAGUUCUGCUCAGAGGCUGGAUGAACCAGAUCAAGUUAAAUCUGAGUCCUUGAUACCGCAAGCUGAUGCUGCCGUUCCAAAAGCAGCUCCAAGAGAUGCAGUGGACACACCAAAGGUUUCAAAGAAACCAAGGAGGAGGAAAAGAAAAGUGUCAAAAGCUUCCUCACAAAAUCAGGGGAUUGGUGGACAAGAGACGUCCAGGGGACCCUCCUUCACGCCACCUUCUCCACCUCAGAAGGAGAGUACAAAGACACUGAAGUCCCGGGUACCUCCAGCACCGGCAGCUGCUCUAAAAACAGCUCCCUCACAAAGCGAGGAGAUCAAUGGACAAGAGACGUCCACAGAACCCAUCACGCCAGAUUCUCCACCUCAACAGGAGAGUUCUGCUCAGAGGCUGGAUGAACCAGAUCAAGUUAAAUCUGAGUCCUUGAUACCACCAGCUGAUGCUGCCGUUCCAAAAGCAGCUCCAAGAGAUGCAGUUGACACACCAAAGGUUUCCAAGAAACCAAGGAGGAGGAAAAGAAAAGUGGCAAAUGAUAUCACUCAUUGGAUGAAGAGAUGUGUCAUGUGCAUUGUUGGCUUCCUCACAAAAUCAGGGGAUUGGUGGACAAGAGACGUCCACAGCACCCUCCUUCACGCCACCUUCUCCACCUUAAAGAGUACUUCAAAGGCACUGAAGUCCCGGGUACCUCCAGCACCGGCAGCUGCUCUAAAAACAGCAGCUGUUGUCCAGAAGAGGGUCAUUAGAGAUGGGUGGAGAAGUUGGGUGAUUUGGCAAAAGACAUCUGUGAUGCCUCCUGUGACGACAGAUUCAGCAGGUCACCCAUCUAAGCUGGAGAGACAAAAAGAGAAAUCUGAGUCCCUGGUACCUCCAGCACCAGCCUCUGUUCCAAAAACAGCUCCCUCACAAAGGCAAGAGACCGGUGGACAAGAGACGGCAACAAAGCCUGUCGUUACGCCAGCUUCUCCAUCUGAGGGUCAGCGUUCUGCCUGGGGAACUUCUUUACCUCAGCUUCAGAGACCAAGAGACAAACCUGAGACCCUGGUACCUCCAGCACCUGCCGAUGUUCCAAGAGCAGCUCCCUCACAAAGCGAGGAGAUCAAUGGACAAGAGACGUCCACAGAACCCAUCACGCCAGAUUCUCCACCUCAACAGGAGAGUUCUGCUCAGAGGCUGGAUGAACCAGAUCAAGUUAAAUCUGAGUCCUUGAUACCGCAAGCUGAUGCUGCCGAUCCAAAAGCAGCUCCAAGAGAUGCAGUUGACACACCAAAGGUUUCAAAGAAACCAAGGAGGAGGAAAAGAAAAAUGGCAAAUGCUUCCUCACAAAAUCAGGGGAUUGGUGGACAAGAGACGUUUACAGCACCCUCCUUCACGCCACCUUCUCCACCUCAGAAGGAGAGUACAAAGACACUGAAGUCCCGGGUACCUCCAGCACCGGCAGCUGCUCUAAAAACAGCUCCCUCACAAAGCGAGGAGAUCAAUGGACAAGAGACGUCCACAGAACCCAUCACGCCAGAUUCUCCACCUCAACAGGAGAGUUCUGCUCAGAGGCUGGAUGAACCAGAUCCAGUUAAAUCUGAGUCCUUGAUACCACCAGCUGAUGCUGCCGAUCCAAAAGCAGCUCCAAGAGAUGCAGUUGACACACCAAAGGUUUCCAAGAAACCAAGGAGGAGGAAAAGAAAAGUGGCAAAUGCUUCCUCACAAAAUCAGGGGAUUGGUGGACAAGAGACGUCCAGGGGACCCUCCUUCACGCCACCUUCUCCACCUCAAAAUGAGAGUUCCAUGAGACUGGAUAAACCAGAUCCAGUCAAAUCUGAGCCCCUGGUACCUCCAGCAGAUGGUGCUCUUCCAAAAACAGUUUUAAGAAAGCAGGAGAUUGCUGGAGAGGAGACACAGAGACAGGAGGCGAGCGACACUGGCACAUCUGUUGUAGACCUAUGUGAGCGGCUGGAGAAAGUACAUCAGUCCUCAAAGCCUCCUGCUAGAGCUACACAAGCUCCUGAACCUGAAUCCAAUCGAAAAUAAGCUUCUGGAGGAAGUACAUCUAUCCUCAAAACCCCCUUCCACCCCUAGACCAUCUCCAAUACCUGAGUAUCAUCUAUUAGGAUCGUACUCCUCCAGCCCAUUUAACCCCUUGAAGCCUCUGCAACCAGCAAAAUUUAUCUUCAAGCCAUUACCCACAUUUG